AUGUGGGAGUGGUUUGCCAAACGCCAUCAACCACCUGAAGGCUACAUUAUCAGUGCCGUUAUGGACGGAAACGUCGCUGCCGUGAAUUGGCUGUUGAGCCACGUUAAAGCCCCGGAGGUCUGGCACGAUGCUCUGAAGGCCGCAGCUGACGUGAUAACUAUGGACCAUGCGGAACUCCUGGAAAUAAUUCUCGAGUUUCCGCCUUUGCGACGGGCAAUAAACGAGACCGAUCUUGAAAAUACGUUGAUCGAUAUCGUUCAGAACACUUGCCAGAAAAGCACAAUGUGGAUUGGCACCAUUUCAGAGCAAACCUUUUUAAGUAUUCCCCGAAAUGAUUCUGUCUUGGAAGACAUCGCUGUGCGGAAAAUACAGGCCAUUGGGCGUUGUGGUGCUGCAUUGGAUGUCUUGGGUUUGGCCGUUCAGUCUGAGGAGGCUGGACUACACCGUCUUACUGAAGCUCUAAACAUUUUUUCGCAGUCCCCUGCUUCUGAGCUGUAA